AUGCAACGCCGAGUCGCGGACGGCACCGUAUCCAGCGACGUCCUAAUUACCGCUCUACACCUCAAGAACGCAGACCCCGCUCCCCUAGCUACCGCCGACUCCCUUCGUCAACGCAUCUACCGGGGCUGCUACCGCUUCAACGGCCGUCGCUACGCCAAAGAUCUCCCCACCAUGCUCCCCCGAUCAUCCAUUUCCGUAUUCACGCAUGCUGACAUCGCACCGCAGAAUAUCAUGGUGGACGAGGAGGCCCAUGUGUGCGGGAUUUUGGACUGGGAGGGUGCAGGAUGGUAUCCCGAAAUUGGGAAUUUGCGAAUAUAA